AGCUUUUUUCUUUAUUCUUUCAUAAUAGAAUUCAUCGGCAAUCACGCUAACAAAAAAAAAAGAGUCGCCUCCCUGUUUCCCUUUAGUUCAUCCCCCCUUUCAUUUCGCUCUUUUGUUCCUUAACAGUGCAAAAUUGCAGACUUGCUCUUGUUCCCUUCCUUUCCUUUCUUUUUCUCUUUCUUCUUUUCUCUUCUCUUCUCCUCCAACCCCUUCCCUUCGUUUUCUUACACACACACAUCUUGCGUUACAGCUCUGGCCUAGCGUCAAAAGUCCGUUCUUUAGCGACAACACUUGCAUUCUUUUCUACUACUCCAACCCCACCACCUUCCCUUCCAAUAUAUUUCUUUCUACUCGUGCAGGAUGACCAAACCGAUCUCGUCCAUGGCUGCUAUGCUGGUCUCCAUUGCCGCCAUUGUGGAAUCAGCCCAAGCCAAACCAGCCUGGGCUCCCUUGGAAAAGCGAGCUGAAGCUGAAGAAAGCAAAGCAGCAGAAUCAAAAGCAGCAGCAUCAAAGGCUUCGGACGCCAAAGAGCCCAAAGCGUCCGCCACAAAGUCUGCGACCGAGCACAAGGAAACAGCAAAGACAAAGGCCUCAGAUGCCCAUAAAAAAGAAGCAGCAGCAUCCACCACCACCACCACCAAGAAAGCCACUGCCUCAAACUCGUCGUCGUCGUCAGACAGCGGUAAAAAGAAGGAGGCCUCUUCUUCUUCUGCUGCUGCUGCUGCUGCUGCUAAACCCAGCAAUCACUUUUCGUUCAACGGCGUCAGUCCCGUCGGUCCCACACAAAACGAAGCACCCACAACCGCGCCAACGACGAACCUUGCCGACCAGAGCAACCAGAACAGUCAGCAAUCGUCUGGCAUGUCAGGAGGUGCCAUAGCAGGCAUUAUCAUUGCUAUCCUUGGCGUCGCUGCAAUUGCAGGCUUCUUCCUUGUGCGAAGGAGAAGGAAACAAGCCGAGCGAAACCGCAUGCGGAUGAAGCCUGAUCCGUUUACUAUGGGCUUUGGCAGCCAUGAUCCCCCAGGCAGCGGUGGUCUCAACCAGCAGAACAACAGCUACCCUCCACACACAGCAUACAACAUGGCAAAUCAGUCUCCCAUGAUCCAGCUGCCUCCUAUCGGCGCGUCCGCCCAGCCUUCGCCCAUGAUGGCCCCAGCCAUGACAGGCAACACAGCUAUUGAUCAGUACAAUGCACAAGUGAAUAACCACUACAGCAGUGCCGGCAAUGCAAUCACGGCUAGUGGUUCUGAAUAUGCUGUACCAGCCGCCGCUGCUAUUGCUGGAGGAGCCGCUGCUAUUGCUUCGACCUCUUCUCCCCAGCCAGUAGUACCAGCAGAAGCGCCUACCAACAGCAACAACAACUCCCUUGGUGUAUUCAGCGUAAUUUCGACAUACACACCAACGCUCAGUGAUGAACUCGACAUCCAGCCUGGCGACCGUGUCGAAGUGAUCGUUGAGUAUGACGAUGGGUGGUGCCAGGGCAUCAACCUCUCGCGAGGCAAUUGCAAGGGCGUGUUCCCCGCGCACUGUGUCGACAUGUUCGCCGAUAUGAACGGUCAAGGAACAGCAGCGACCAGCCCAGUGCCAGGCAGCGACCAGUCAAACUAUGCAUCGAGCAUGAAGCGCGUCAGCUCGAUGCUUGGAAACAAGCAACAGCAUUCGUCGCCGUAUUACCUCUAAUCGAUCGUUCUAUCAUAAUAUUUUGUUACCCAGCUAAACCCUUUCGUGUUUCCCUCUUUCUAAAGAUUCUUUCUUUUUCAUUUGUGGAUACUGGGAAGGAUUAAAACUUAUUUUCUAUAAUUAUUAAUGAUUG